AUGUCUGACGUUGAGGAAACCCCCGUGGAUGUCCAGGUCGAGGAGACCGAGCAGGCCCCUGCUGCUGCCGCUGGCGGCCCCAUGAGCAUUGAGGAUGCUCUCCAGCAGGUCCUCAAGAAGGCUCUCGUCCACGACGGUCUUGCCCGCGGUCUCCGUGAGGCUGCCAAGGCCCUCGACCGCCGCCAGGCUCACCUGUGUGUGCUCGUCGAGACCUGCAACGAGGCCGAGUACAUCAAGCUCAUCGAGGCUCUCUGCAACAAGUACGACAUCAACCUCCUCAAGGUGUCGGACCCCAAGACCCUCGGUACCUGGGCCGGUCUCUGCAAGAUUGACCGUGAGGGCAACCCCCGGAAGGUCGUCGGCUGCUCGUGCGUUGUCGUCCGCGACUUCGGUGAGGACUCGGAGGGCCUGAACGUGCUCCUCGAGUACUUCAAGAGCCAGCGCGCCUAA